CAAAUUUUGUUUUUACGUAUACAAACGCAUUGCUUGGAUAGCACCACACACCAGGAAAGCCCGAUUUUGAAAAAAGCCCCAAUCCAGAAUCUCACACAGAGAGUCCAGUUUCUAGAAAGUAGGCUGGGUGAGACUCAAAACCUUACAAAAAAGGUAGAGGAUCUGGAAGCCCAGCUUUUGUUAAAACUCGAUGCACAGGCUAAGGCCAAUAUCGCAUGCGACCUGAGGAUCCAUGGAGUUCCGUACGUCGAAGGUGAAAAGCUGAAACAUAUCUUCAACAACUUGUGCCUCAGCCUAAAUCACACGCCUGCGCCUGCUAUUAGGGAUAUCUAUCGUAUGAGGCCGAACAAAAAUCUUCCCCACUCCAUCGUUGACCCCAUCAUCAUUGUCAAGCUGGAACGGGUGCGCGACAAAGCGGCAUUACUGCGCAACAUCGGUAUGUACAGGCGGGAAACCAAGCAGCCCCUAACUCUGCAGUUACUCGGCCUAAACUUACCAGCCCCAGUAUAUGUCAACGAGAAGCUUACCAGGGAAAACUACCAGAUUUUUAGAGAAGCUCUGAAAAUGACGAAGCAUCGGAAGCUGCAAUCCGUGUUUACGCGCAGGGGUAUGGUUCACGUCAAAGUAACCCAAGAAAGUGAGAUAUGGGAAGUUCUCAAAAUUGAGGAUCUGAGAGAGAUGCAAGCUGCUACUGAGAGCCCUGCAGCUGGAGACGAGAAUAGCUCGUUUCGUCAAUAAUAGAACU